AUGUCCCGGCUUGCCAUCACCAGAGCUGCCGCGCUCACGGCCCAGCGUGUGAAAGCAGUCAACGCAUCCAGCACAAUUGGAAUUUCGGGGUAUCGUCAGAAAAGUACACUCGCUUCUCAACCUGAACACAUCGCAGCACAGCUCGAUUUCCGCACCUUCAUCGAUGUUUUGCGCAAGGACGGCGAUCUUGCCGAGAUCAACCAGGAGAUCGAUCCUCACCUGGAAGUGGGCGCUAUCGUGAGACGGGUCAGCGAGGUCGACGGCAAAGCUCCACUGUUCAAUAAUGUGAAGGGAGCCAAAAAUGGGCUGUGGAGGAUGUUCGGCAAUGCUGCAAGCCUGAGGAGGUCAGAGGACCAAAGGUAUGGACGCAUUGCCCGUUCUCUGGGCUUGCCUCCUAAUGCAAGCUGGAAGGCCAUCCUGGAGAGGAGUCAGGAAGGCAAGGCGCGUCCCCCAUUACCUCCCCGCGUCGUGUCGACGGGCCCAUGCAAGCAGAACAAGAUAUCCGGCGACGACAUCGAUCUCCACAAGUUGCCGGCACCCAUGCUGCAUCAAGCUGACGGCGGCAAAUACAUACAAUCAUACGGAGUCCACGUGUUAACGACACCCGACGGCUCAUGGACAAACUGGUCAAUAUUCCGCGGGAUGAUCCACGAUAGCAAGCGUCUCGUCUGCCUCGUUGGUACCGGACAGCACAAUGCCAUCAUCCGGGAAAAGUGGCUGAAAGAAGGCAAGACCGAGAUGCCGUGGGCAUUGGCUUUCGGUGUCCCACCUGCUGUCAACUUGGCCGCUGCGUGUCCGAUCCCUGAGGGGGUCUCUGAAGCCGAAUUUGUCGGUGCAAUGGUCGGGCAACCGCUCGAGGUGGUGAAGUGCGAAACGAAUGAUCUCAUGGUACCUGCAAACAGCGAGAUCGUCUUUGAGGGAACCACCUCCCUGAUUGACAAGGCGUACGAGGGCCCGUUCGAAGAUUACCAGGGUCUUCACUUUGAUGACGACAAGCACUUGCAUCCCUUGUUUACUGUCAACGCUAUCACCUACCGUGAUGAUGCAAUUAUGCCGGUGUCUGUUCCCGGAAGGAUCACGGAUGAAUCACACACAACGGCAUCAAUGGCUUCGGAAGAACUCUUGAUGCUUUGCAGGAAACACGAUCUCCCGAUCGCUGACGCCUUUGCUCCUCUCGAGACCAUGGCAACAUGGUGUGCUUUGAAAGUGGAUGUCGACAAGCUCACCGCACUGAACACUACCUCUCAAGAGUUCUGCGAGAAGCUAGGCCGCAUACUGUUCAACGACAAGAGCUCCAUGCUGAUCAAUCGCAUUCUGCUAUUCGGAUAUGACGUGGACAUCCGCAACUUCAAGGACAUCAUGUGGGCGCUGGUCACGAGGUGCCGUCCAGGCCAGGACGAGUAUGUUUUUGAGGAUGUCCCGGGGUUUCCUCUGACCCCGUACAUGUCUCACGGAGGAGGCAACCCGAAGAUGGGAGGCAAGGCUAUUUCCGACUGCUUAUUCCCCAUGGAAUACAAGGGAGAGAGGUCAUUCAGAGGCGUGGACUUUGAGAGGAGCUACACUAAAGAAGUGAAGGACCGGGUCCUUGCAAACUGGACGGCUAUGGGAUUUGAGGAAGUAGAAAGUGAUUCAAACACAAGUGUGGACUUUCCUAGAAAGGCACGCAAGAUGACAAAGUCCAUUUCAGCAGUGGAGCUUGCGAAGCAUGAUAAACCAGAUAAUGUCUGGAUCGCCGUUGAUGGUCAGGUGUACGAUAUGACAGAAUUCGCGCCAGGGCACCCUGGAGGAGCCGAGGUCAUAUAUCAGCAUGCAGGUAGUGACGCAUCAGCGGCAUACAACGAGGUUCAUGCGCCUUCACUGAUUCGCAAGGCCCUCGAGCCUCAGUGCCACAUUGGCUCUCUGGACCCGAAGGAUCUGCAGAAAUUGAAGGACGACUCGCCUGACAUUUCAGCUACAACACCUUCAAUGACAGAGACACAGGCACGUCCGGACCUGAACUCAAUCAUUAAUCUUGACGACUUUGAAGCGGUUGCAUCGAGGUGUCUCUCCAAAAAGGCAAUGGCUUUCAUCAGCAGUGGAUCGAACGACAACAUGACGAGAGACGCCAACAGGUCCAUCCUGAAUCGCAUAUGGCUGCGACCCGAGGUCAUGCGGGAUGUGACCAAGGUUACGACAGCAACCAAUCUCUUCGGCGUCGACUUGGACUUUCCUGUGUAUAUCGCGCCUACUGGUGCUGCAAAGACUGGAGGUGCCGAGGGUGAGCUCACACUUGCCCGUGGGGCGGCAGCCAGCGGCAUCGUGCAUUGUUUUGCGACGCCGUCCUCAUAUCCUUAUAGCGAGAUACUGGAGGCAACUCCUAAGCACUGCUUCUUCCAGCUUUAUGUCAACAAGGACCGGAGAAAGUCCGAAACGGCCAUCCGAGAAGCUGUUGCCUCGGGCAAGGUGAAGGCUAUACUGGUCACAGUCGACGUCCCUGUGAUCCCCAAACGCGAGGCAGACGAGCGUGUCAGAUCAUCCGCACCCAUGGCACUUGCUGGAGUCAACGUCUCUAUCACCGCAGGUGACAAGAAAGGUGGUGGACUGGCUCGGCAAGCAGCGUCUUUCAUUGAUGCGAGCAUCGACUGGGAUAUCAUCACCUGGCUUCGAAGUCUCUGUUCCUUGCCGAUAUUGGUCAAGGGGAUCCAGACAGCGCGUGAUGCCAAGACUGCAUUCCUGAAGGGCUAUGAUGGCAUCGUCUUGAGCAAUCAUGGCGGUCGAGCAGCGGACCAUGCACCACCAGCAAUUCUCAUUCUCCUAGAGAUACAGAAGAACUGCCCGGAAGUCCUCGAGUCUAUGGAGGUGUUGAUAGACGGCGGCUUCCGAAGAGGCGCAGAUGUGGUGAAGGCCAUAUGCCUGGGUGCUUCUGUUGUUGGACUGGGCCGCCCUUUUCUCUACUCGCUUACUUAUGGCCAAGAAGGAGUUGAACAUGCGAUCUCAAUCCUUCGCGACGAGGUCGAGACUGCUAUGCGACUAUGCGGCAUGACCAACCUCAUGCGAGACGCACACCCACGAUUUGUGAAUACGCUAGACGUUGAUCAUCUAGUACCACAAGAGAAUCACCCUUAUGCAACAAAGAUUCAAGCUUAG